CCGAUUUUAAUUUUAUAUACAUCAUCUCGAUCAGACAGACGCUUGUAAAAAUUGCAAUGGCUAACACAUGGCCUGAAGUACAGCUGGCAGCCUCUGAAAACCGCCGAGAACUCACUCUUCAUGGACAGGAAAUUAGUCGCAGGAUCAAGGAAAGCGGUAUUGAUGAAGGCCUUUUCGAUCUAUCUCUGUUGAAUUUUCUAGACAUCUCAAAAACAUGUCUUUCCGAUGUUGGAAGUGGUGUCGGUCUCCUGACAAAUCUCACAGACUUAGUAUUGCACAACAACAACCUCACAUCUGUACCGAACGAAAUUACGAAGCUCACAUUGCUGAAACUUUUGGAUGUUUCAAACAAUCAGAUCACAUCUUUUCCAGAAGACAUUUCUUCUUUAACAAAUUUGCAGACGUUGAAUGUCUCCAUGAAUAAAUUAACAGAGUUCCCAGCAGUGGGAGAUCUAGGGGCUUUGCACAUAUUCAACAUUUCACAUAAUCAGAUGGAGGAACUGCCGGAAGGGAUUUUUUCUUCAAGUCUUGUACACUUGAGUAAGAUUAUAGGAAAUGAUAAUGUCAUCACCGAGCUCUCCGGAGAUAUUGUUGAUUUGGCCCAUUUAAACACUCUAGAUUUGUCAAACAACAAGCUACUCGAGGUCCCAUCAGAAAUGAGCGAAUGUGCAAAACUCAAAGAACUUAAUUUGAAAGGAAAUAAAUUCAAGGAUAGAAGAUUUGGUAAAAUGGUUGACCAAUGUGGUACCAAAUCUGUCUUAGAUUACCUAGCAACACAAUUGAAGAAAGAACGGGAACAAGCAGGAAAGAAGGGGAAAGGGAAGAAAAAGAAAGGUGGAAAAAAAGAACAAGCAGAGGUCGAAGAUAUCAUAAAGAACAUGAUAAAUAUUCUACACUUUGCUGGUGCAGCUGAGGCAGGAUGCACUGUUCAGCUGAAGCCAGCAGUCCUGUCAGUUAGACAAUAUAUUGUUUGCUGUAUUGUCCGAGAGCUUGAUUUUCAACAGUCGGUGAACCUGUUUAAAAACUUCAUUACUUUACAGACAAAGCUUCAUGAUGGAGUAUGUCAGAAGAGGCAGGCUGCCACCAUCGCUACACAUGAUCUGAAGAGUGUCAAGCGACCUCUAACCUAUGAAGCUAUGUUCCCACAUGAUUUAAAGAUUGUGCCCCUGUUCAAGAAAAAAGAGGUAACAGGAGAAAAACUUGUGGCUGAUCUUCGGAAGGAGGCAGAGGAUUACAGGAGAGAGAAGAAAAGAAAUACUCUGUCAGGGAUUCAUCAGUAUCUGGAUUUACUGAAAGACAAAGUACAAUAUCCAUGUUUGUUAGAUGGCGAGGGGGAUGUCAUCUCAUUUCCACCUAUCACAAACAGUGACAAGACUAAGAUCUCCAAAGAAACAACUGAGUUGUUUAUAGAGGUGACCAGUUCCAUGAGCUUGGACGUGUGUAAGAAGGCGAUGGAUGAACUGUUACUGAAGAUGCUGGAAUUGGGUUGUGGAGCCAGAGCCAGUAAGGGGGGUGGUGAUGAGGCUAGUGCCAGGCCCGAGGCUGACAACAGCUCUCCCAAGCGGCUAGUGGUGGAACAGGUCCGCAUAUUGGACUCUGACACUUCUAUGAAAGUUGUAUACCCAUCGCGUGCAGACCUCCCAUAUGAUUCUAUUGAUGUUAUCAGAAGCUAUGAUGAUUGAAGGUAGCUAAGCUUUCAGAGGGCUUGACAGACCGUUGUUGGGAUUACAACAAAACAUUUUUAGGUCAUUGAGAAAAUAGAUCAUAAAUUUAAAAAAAAAAAAAAGGAAAUUGUUGGACAGCUUGUGUUUAUAUUAGGAAUGUUAGUCUUGUACUGACUAUUGGUAGAACAUCUUCUUUAAAAUAUAUAUUUUACUAUAGCUAAAACUUUCAAAGUAUCUUGGUUACAAUUUCUAAUAAACAAUAGUUAUUAAUUUUGGUUUGCACGUUUGCCAUAUAAAUUGAAAUGGACAAUUAAAGUUGACAAUUUCAAUGAUUACUCAAGAAAACAGAAAAGAAAGCGAAGAAAAUAUUAACAUCAGAAAUUAUUUUGCUUGACAAUUCAGGGUUACACAUUGAUGUUUUUCAAUAAUCAAGUUUAACACAUGACCUUUUUAUAGAAGUAUUUUAUAAAUGCCAUUCAAAUUCAGUGUCAUGUAUGAUUUAUUGAAAAUAUGUAAAUUCAUGAAAACUAUUUCUCCAUAAUGCAUUUAUAAUGGAAGUCGACUACCUGUGGGAGUAAAGUGGAACUUGCUCUGUUUGUAUAAUAGAGUUGCUAUUUUGUAUGUUAAUGCAAAAUAGCAAUAAAUAGUACAACUUAAUAUAGAAAACACUACAAUGUUUACUUUAAUUAUUUUUACUGAGUAAUCAUUUCGCAGGCCAUUGACAUGGUCACGACCAGUUAUUCAGUGAAAUAAUAUGACACAGGUAAAUAUUAUCGGUGAACUAAUCUGUGUUGAAGACUACGUGUAUUGUCAUAUUGUACCAUCUUUAGCUGACUUGGUAGCCUCCAAUCAUCCGAGGUUAUCUUGAUGAUUAUAAUUGUUCAGAACAGAUUAUACGUAAAGAUGAUGAAUGAUUUGGCAAAUUUUACAUCUGAACAAUAAUCACAUCACACGUCACACCAAGACCAUACUUUCUAACCAGUUGUUAGUUGUGAUAUACUGUAUCACCAAUAACAUGGCAAACACUUUGUAAAUAGAUCGGCAUCAAUUUUCAGAAAAUUCAGAUAUUCCCCUAUAGCCCUGUCAUAAAAUUUUAGCUUGUUAAAAUUGUAUUCUUUCGUGUUAAAUGAAAGUUGCAAUUUUUUUUUAUUUGUGAAAAUUAUUGGCUAUAGAGUCUAUCUGUAUCACAUGGAUAAGAAAACAAUUCUUAGGAAGGAUAGAUAAAUUCUUUAAUGGAUAAAUAUUGUUUAAUGAGAUGUUGACCCAUUAUGCAAUGAAAAACAUGUGUUCUGACCGAAUUCUUCCCAUGCAAAAUAACCUGUUAAUGUUUUUAUGUUAAAUGUUUCUCGAUAAUUGGUUACAGUUGUUGUUAAGUACCUUGUAAGCACAGAGUUUAUGUGAAAAAUAAAGUGCUAUUAAAUGAAAUAUUGAUUGCCGUAAUUUCUUUUGGUUAAACAUAUACAUGUUGAUAACAAUAGGUGAUACUAUAGAUGUAGUCCGCUCGAGUUGUAUGCAUUUAUACAUUGUAGCAGUGUCAUAGAAAAAACAAUGUAAUAUACAAUGUAAUACACAUUGUAUAGUGUUAUAUUAUACACAUUAAAUUUUGUAUAAUACCAUCAUCACCUAAGAUUAUAAAACCAUUACCAUUGUCACAGUAAUUAAUUUGAAUUGUUUCAAUAUUUUGCCCUCUAAUUCGGGAACUAUUUAUGAAGACUAAUCUCAAAAAUGGGUUUGGGUUUGGCUGUUUAUAUUUGGAGCUCUUGAAGCCAAUAUGUAAAGUAUUUUAAAACAAUUCCUUUACUUAUUGUCUAUUUUCUGAUAGGGGAUUUGUAGCAUAGAAAUGGUUAUGAUCCUUUUUUCAAUUAGCAUUUUGAUAGAAACAUUUCAUAUUGAAAUUUGCUUAAUUGUAAACAUUGUUUUAUAAUUAAAAACAAUGAUAUACAUUUUGCAGGUUUAGGGUACAAAGUUUACACUUAAAUUGAAUGUCUUUCAUUUAAUGUAGGCUGCUCAGUUUAUUUUCAAAAUGUCUUGAAAAAAGUAAAGAGGUGUUUUCUUGUAUGAAAAAAUGUUUGGACUAUAAGUUGUUUUAUUUAGAUUUGUAUUAUAGUACAUUUAACUCAUUGCUUUCGUGUUUGUUAUGAAACAGCAAAUACGACUUCAAUGAAUAUUGUUGUAUGCAUUAUUGUUAUGUUAUUGUUGCAAGUUUAAGUUGCUUACUACGAACAUUUGUACAAACAAAAUAUUUGAAAGCUCCAAACCACAAAAGAAACUACAUACAAGCAUCUCUUGUUAUAUAGUAAGUAAUUCUAUUGAGGAAUUGAUUGUUGUAAGGAUAAGGCAUUUCUUAAAAACACAGAAAGGUUUGUUAACAUAUUAUUCUGAUUAUGUAUAAAAAAUAAUUAUAUAUAUGAAUCAAUAUUACGAUAUAUGUAAAUGAUUCUGUUCAUUGUCGUUAACUAUUUCUUUCUAUCUUGGCAAACUAUUUCAUUAAUGCCUUUUAUUGCAUCAUUUAACUAUCAUUAUCCAAUACUAAAUGACUCAUAGUACAAUGUAAUGGUAUAUUUUCUUUCAAGGCUAUUGAAACACUUAACUAUUUCUUGAUAUCAAAAUUUUUGUUUUAAAUGAGAAAAACGGGCAAUUGCUUUGAAAUGUCAAUGGAUUAUGUGGAUAGAAUUGGCAUUCAUACCCACAGUGUCUUGACAUGUUCCUACGACCCAGGAUGAAAAUAAUAACCCCGGGGUUCAACCCCCAAAUCACUGAAAUAUCACACGAUAACCCCAGGGUCCGACCCCUAGAUCACUUAUUGACUUAUUCUGGGUCAAAGGAACUUGUCAAACCUCAGUGUUGAUACCUAUAUUAUAUUGGCAUCAAUUUGAAUCAUUAACCAGUAAUUCAAAUGUUAGUCAACCAAUUUUCAUGAAUCCGGAGCCUCUUGUUAAUACAUGCUUCAGCUUAUUUAUUCUAUCAGGAUGGUCAGCUGUCAUGCUCAGUAUGAUAGACAAGAUCAGAAUACUUAAUGAAAUAGGAAUUAAUGAUUUCUAUCAGGAAUCAACAUAACAACUUUCGUGCAUUAAGUCUCAUAUUUAUUUUUGUUUUUCAUUAUAACAAAAGUGUCACAUAGCAAAAUAAAAAUAUUUUCAAAGUAAA